CAGGGAAACUAACUUACAAAUGUGUGGAAAAAGUACGAAACUCUCCACACAAAGUUAAAACUCGAACCAUCAUCUCAUCUCCUCAUCAACCAAACCACCUUUCAGUUUCACACCACCCCUGUCCCAAACUCACCACCUCCACCAUGGCAGUAAGCAACAACCUCAUAGCAAUCCUCAACUUCAUAGCCCUCAUGUGUUCGAUCCCCAUAAUCUCAGCUGGGAUCUGGCUAGCCUCAAACCACGACAACCAGUGCAUCAACUGGCUUCGCUUCCCUCUCAUUUUCAUUGGCAUCAUCUUUUUCCUCGUCACCUUGUCUGGCUUUGUCGGUGCUUACUGGAAUAAACAGGGCUUACUUGCUUUCUUCCUGUUUUCGAUGGCGUUUCUCAUUGUUGUUCUCAUUAUUCUCCUUGUUCUUGCCUUUGUGGCUGCGAGGCCUUCGGGGGCUUAUGAUGUGCAGGGCCGGGGGUACAGGGAUUACCGGCUUUCGGGGUAUUCGGAUUGGCUGAGGAACCAUGUUACUAAUUCUGAUAAUUGGGGGAGUAUAAGGGAUUGUAUUUUUGAUUCUAAAGUUUGUCCCAAGUUGAGUCAGAAGUAUGCUUCUGCUGACCAAUUUUAUGCUGCUCGUCUUUCUCCUAUUCAGUCAGGAUGUUGCAAGCCUCCAAGUGUCUGCGGAUUCCAGUAUGUGAACCCUGUAACGUGGGUGAACCCGAUGAACCCAGUUUCUGAUCCAGAUUGCGCUAUCUGGAACAAUGAACCAAACCAGUUGUGUUACAAUUGUGAUUCUUGUAAAGCUGGGCUACUCGGAAAUGUAAGAAAGGAGUGGAAAAAGGCCAAUGUUAUAGUGAUAAUUGCGGUGGUGGUUCUGAUAUGGGUUUACCUAAUAGCCUGUUGCGCGUACAAGAAUGCACAAACUGAAGAUCUUUUCAGCCGGUACAAACAAGGCUGGACAUAGAUUGAUUCCCAAAUCCCAAACACACAACGCGAAAAUAUGAUCUUGGGCGUGUUUGGUUCAUGGUUAAUGAGACGGUUAACGAAAUCGGAACCUCGUAGCCAUCUGGUGGUGUUUGGUUCUUGCUUUAGGCCAGCUUCUUUGUUACUAAUGUGCAUACUUUACUACUUUUUGAUCUAGAUUAAAUGGCAAAAAAUCCAAGACUAGCUGCAGCUUUACUCUUUUUUUUCGGUUAUAUUCGAUAUUCGUUGUGCAGUUUAUAUGAAGAUAAUGCAUAUAGUUUCCUUUCUCACCUUUCAA